AUGGCAAGCCGCAUGCCCCAGCUACCAACCCUCGAAACCGAUGAGCUUUCCCCGGUCGCCGAUGAGCGCCCAGAAACGCCCCGGUUGCUGUUUGUUAUGCAUCCUAUAAACGGGUGGGACUAUGUAGAGAGCCUUGCGCAGCGCGUAUACUUUCCCGUCGAGCCCAUAUCAACCGGAGAGCUCACAGUCUUCUACGGCAUACUGUACAACGGGAUCCGGGAGAUUCUAGAACAAGACCAAACCUCGCAUAUCCCGACACCGCAAUUCAAACACUACCAGGACGUCUGUUACAAGGCCUUCAGAGCGGGUGUGCAAGCGCACGAGUUGUAUGCCGUGCCCAACUACGCCAACAUACUUGCCCUCGCCAUUGCGAUUCUUGAUGUUCAGUUUCAGGGGAACCUGGAAGCACAGUGGCAUCUCACCUCUGCUGCCGCCAGACAUUGUCUUACCCUUGGGUACCACAGAGAGUCAACCAUGCAGCAUUUGCCGCCAGAAGAAGCAAAAUCGUGCCGCCGUUUAUUCUGGCACGUUUACCAGUCGAGCCAGAGCAUGGUCUUGCCUCUGGGCAAGGCGCCCCUGAUUCAUGAAUACGACGUGGACCUCCAACUCCCAGCGCCAGAUCACGACCCUUCACUAGCUCCUUGGAACAUGGCCCUCAACUUGUUCACCAAGUUCUUUACUCUGCAGGCAAACGUAUACAAAAACUUGUAUUCGCCCUUUGCAGCCAGUCUCCCCCCCGAAUCAAGGCUCGCCAGUGUUGAGGAGUUAUCCACGACCCUCAGAGAAUGGUACCGCACGUGGAGUGCACUUGACUACUCCCGGGCGCAGCACAGCAAGGUCUUUCACGUCUUGUUUUUGCCAACAAAGGUUGCUUACUACUCACUCCUGGCACUCAUCUACAGGGCGUCCACAACGUCGAGCUCCAUCGAAGACGUCUCCGAAGAAUGCUUCACGGCUGCCAGGGAAGGGCUGGAAGCCCAUUUGUCGCUGUAUCCUCCAAUGUCAGCCAUGGGAGCAGGGGCUCUGCAGCUGUACGCUGUUUGGGUAUUUACUCGCUCGACCUUUACGCCAUACAUCAUCACCUUUGUACACUGCAUCUCCCACGCCGACAGGGAUGAUCUGGAAACGCUCCGCAAGGUGGCCGAUACUCUUGACGAGAUUGCAGCGGCGACAAACUCGUGCGAACGACAAGUGGGUGUCUGCAGGGCCCUGCACCGCACAGCGCAGGCCUUUAUCGACUCUAACCAAACGCGACCCCGGCAGGAUCAAAUGACUCCAUGUCACGACGGCGUUGUCCACCUGCCCCUGCAGAAUUACAACCAAGAACCGUUUGACUGGGACCUGCUGCAAUCCAACAUGAACGAUUGGGUGGUGGAGGGCAUGAUGACGGCGGCUGUCAACUUGGGAAGUGAUUUGAAUGCAAACGGGCCGCAUUACAGCGAGCACCAGUGA